UAACUUUCCAAAAAGCCCCUUACCAACCUAAACUCAUUAUGCCUCCUAGAAGACAAAAUCCUCCUCGUCAACAAGCUGUUUGGGAUAUAGAGAUGGAAGAACUACGUCAACAAAUUCAAAGGCUUCAAGAAAGACUCGAAGCUUUUGAGGGACAACAAGCUCAACACCCGCGAGAUGAACCACAUGAGUCAGAAGAAGAUACUGACAACGAGAAUCCCUUCCAUCACCUAAGGGAUAAUGAAAGCUCAUCAUCAACAGGAAAAGUUUGUCGUCAACAACGUCCCCAACAAAAUGCUGCUCCCAAAUCCACUGACCUUGGCAUCAAAAUUGAUAUUUCAUAUUUUGAAGGUCGCCUUCAACCAGAUGAAUUUAUCGACUGGUUGCACACUGUGGAACGUGUGUUUGAAUUCAAGGAUAUUCCUGACGACAAGCAUGUGAAGCUCGUCGCCAUCAAAUUAAAAAAACAUGCAUCCAUUUGGUAUCAAAGCUCAACGAAGCAAGGAUUCUAUCAUGGUUGUGCCUACAAGACCAGACUUCCAAGUGACUAUGGAGUCUCUACUACUUUUAAUGUUGCUGACUUAUCUCCUUACUAUGAGGAUCAUGAGCAUUGAACUCAAACUCGAGGACGAGUUUUCUCCAACCAGGGGAGAAUGCACCAGGAAAAAAACAACAAGCAUGCAGAAGCUACUCUGCAGCACCACUAGGCCGGUGCAACUUUGUCAACAUGGCCACAAGUCAACAAAAAUGGCCACUAAAUUCUACAAAACUGCUAACUCCCAACUGCACUUUACUUUUCAUUUAUUGCCUUUCAUUAUAUUUGCCUAUAAAUAGCCAUGUUCUCA